CGCCGAGCUUAGAAAUCAAACCCAUAACCGACCGACCGACCGUAACGUGCGCCAAGGUAUCCAUGAACAGACAGACAGAUCUUUCCCUGUGAUAGGAUACAGAUCUAUCUGACUCGCGCUACUGAGCAGAUCUUCGACAAGUGUCGAUGCAUGCAUGCUUCGCUUGCUGCAUCUGGCAUCUGGUGAUCCCCUUUGAGAUAACCCAAGCCUUCUCGUCGCCCUCAUUCAUCCAUCGGAGAUCGUCAUCCCUCCCCAGGCGCCCGUCAUCUAACAGGGAGAUGAUGGCCGCCGCCUCACCGUCUGUCGAGGAGCAGUUCUCGAGGCUCUCUUUGCAAGGUCAGCAGCCGUCCCAAGACCACGCAGAUGAGGGAGUCCUCGGCUACUAUUCGAUGCCCACUCUUCACGGCGACAAAGUCAUCUUUGUCUGUGAGGAUGACCUCUGGCGAGGCACUGUCAGCGGUAGCCCUCGAUGGUCACCACCGCAUCGGUUGACAUCCGGCCUGCAGUGCUCCUUCCCGCUGCUGAGCCCUGACGGCAAGACGGUGGCCUUCAGUGCCGAGGUGGGCGACAAGGGAGCCACGGAGGUCUUCACCAUGGCCAGCAGUGGGGGGGCUAUCAACCGACUGACUCAUUUCGGUACCCACGCACUUAGAACAGCAGAAUCGUACGAGCCAUCCAUCCAUCUAUCGAGUGUCUGUUCUGUGUCCUAGGUUCGUACGCCGCUCCCGUCGCGUGGCAGCUUGACGGCAAGAGCGUCAUCGUCACAUCGACCUACGAGCAGAUCAACUCCUACCACCAACACCUGUUCCGCGUCGCCGUUCCCACAGCCGACACCGACCCGACCUCGGCCCACCCCCACCCCCUUCCUCUCAGUCUCGGCCUCGCCGACUCAUGUGCUUUCGCGACCACCGGCAACGGCACACAGGAUCCCUCCUCUGCUGUGCCAAGGUUGCUUGGCCGGCACACGAGUGACCCCCACAUCAGUCAGUUCAAGGGCUACAAGGGAGGUGCCUCAGGAGUCAUCUGGAUCGACCCGCAGGGCGAUGGCGAAUAUGCCAAGCUGGAGCUGAGGCGUCGUGGUGGUGGUGGUGGUGAUAGCGAGGAGUCUCGAGAGGGCGUGAGCGUGGGGAGCCCCAUGUGGUUGGGGGAUAGGGUGGUGUUUGUGGCUGAGGACCUGCAGAUGAAGCCCUAUGUGGAUGGGGACACUGCUGCGGGGGCGGGGGCGUGUGCCAACAUCUUCAGCUGCAGCCUGCAGGGGGACGACGUCCGACGACACACGUUCCAAAAGUAGGCCUGUGGAACGAAACACCGAAUGUAUGGGACUUCUCUAGCCAGUACAUCCAUCGUGUGCUGGCGGGUCAGGGACCACUAUGUGCGCAACCCCACCCUUGAGAGCGGCCCGGGGGCCCAUCGGGUGGUUUAUCAUGCGGGCGGAGAUCUCUUUGUGCUCGACCUGGGACAAGACUGCCGCAGCGGUAGGCACAGAUGGAUACCCACCUCACCUGUGAGAUUCUUCGCUGCAUGUCUGUCUGCCUGUCUGUCUGUCUGUCUGUCAGUGUCAGCACCUGUCCACCUGGAUUAUCGGCUGUGGACGGCCCGUACCAAGCGUCAACCGCGCAUCGUCCAGCCAUCCGACUAUCUAGAGGAAUACUGCAUACACCCGAAAGUAGCCAGCCGGGAGAGGAACGACCAACCGACCAACAAACACGACGUCGCUGUUUGGUUUCGUUCGUUCAGGGUCACCACAUAGGCGUGAUAGCCCGUGGUCAGCCAUUUGAGAUGGCUCUCUGGGAGGGACCCGCACUCCCUCUGAACCUCUCGUCGCUGCACAGGUAUACUAUACACCGACGUAGCUGCUCGCUACUACCCGGUCGAUAGAUAGGUUCCUUCCUUCAGUUAUGGAUCUGUCCCGUUUUGUUUUGUGUUGCCUGCCUGCCAGAUGUUACGGUGCCCAUUACCUGAGCGACGGUCGCCUGGCCACCUUUUGCCUGCCACCAGACGGACCCAUCCAACUCAUGGUCAGUCGGUGCCGCAUGUCCACGCGUGCACAGAGUCACACAACAGCCAGUCGUCUGUUUCUUUGCUGCCUGCAUCCCCUGCAUCCAUCUGUCAGGUUCGUUCCAUGGCCGAACGCGACCCUAAUGAGUGGCUGAGGGCGCUGGCAGAGGAGGAGAUGCAAGAGAGCCAGGGUCAGCCGAGGGUCGAGCCCUACAUUUCCGAUCUCCUGCAGCCCGCCGACGCACCACCCCUCCUUCCAGUCGACCUCAGCUGGGCCGACGGCAGCACCGACCCUGUGGAUGUGGGCCUGCCAGAGGAUGUCGAGUCGUCGCCCACCAGCUCGUGCAUUGCAAUGGUCAACCAUCGCCUGGAGCUGCUGCUCAUCACACUGGACGAUACUGACAAGCCGCAAAGGGAGAAGGGCAAAGGCAGGGGAAAAAGUGGUAGAGAUGGGGGCGGCCGUGAGUCGUGGGAUGCGUGUGCGUCCCGUCGGAUAGCGAGCGGCGGCGUGACCGGCAGGGUGACUGUGGUGUGCCGUGGGGAGCAUGAGGGCGGCAUAGGGGGCCUGGCAUGGAGCCCCGACGGACAGUGGCUGGCAUUCGCAUAUAUGGUCAGCAAGUGCCAGUGAAGCGAUCAUUGCACCUGCCUGCGUCGGUUGGUUGGUCUGUACGUCCCGUGUACGUGUGUACGUGUGUGUCAGUCGUCGGCUGAGGCGUCCGUCAUCCGGCUGUACCACGUGCCCACGGGGCAGCUGGCUGACGUGACCAAGCCGCGGUUCAAGGACUUCUCACCCGCAUUCGACCGAGGCGGCCGCUACCUCUACUUCUUAUCCAACCGGGCCUUCAUCACACGAGAGGUAGGUACCCAACCAAACAGCGUCCUUCUUGCCUGCCAUUUGUGUGCUGAUGUGAUGUGUGUAGGAUGAGGUGCAUUUCGACCUGGGAUUUGCGGGCUCCAUCCGUCCGUAUGCGGUGACACUGCAGCGCUCGACGCCCAGCCCGCUGAAGCGCCUCCCGACCGCACCAGCAGACGACCACGACGAGGAGGAGGAAGAAUCGGAAGACGAAGACGAAGACGAAGAGGAAUCGGAGGACGAUGACAGCGACGACGAGGUGGGCCGAUCGGUGGGAAUGCGAGAUAGAGAGAGAGAGAGAGAGACACAGCGCAGGUCUGAUCUGUGUUGUCUUCUUUCUUUGUGGUGUGUGCCACAGGAUGGUGAUGAGGGUGAGGAGGAUAAGUCUGCGCCUCCCCCCGUGCUGAUCGACCUCGACGGCAUCCACCGGCGGAUACUCGAAUUCCCCCUGCCUGCAGGCGACUACAGACAGGUAGGUGCUGCCACCCACCUCACCUCGUGCGUCGCGCCUGCACCUGCGUGUCCGUGUGUGUGAAUGCUUGGGUCGCAUCGCAUUCAUGCAUUGCAAUGCAGGUGGACAGUCUGGCCGCUGAGGGCUCUAGCGUCCGUCGCGGCGGGAUAGUCUUUGUGCGUCGUCACCUCAAGGGCGGGCGGAAGGCCGAUGUGCGCGAGGGGCCUCAGGAGGAAGAACAAGAGGGCAAGGGACACCUCUUCAGGUCAGGCAGUAGCGACCCGACGGACCGACGGGAGAGAGAGAGAGAGAGAGAGAGCUCUCAUAAUAUUAUGCAUUCACACAUGUGUCGUGCGUGUCUUUGUGCGCUGUGUGUCUGUGCAGUUUCGACUUCAGCCGUAUGAAGGAGCGGAAGCUGGCCGACGAUGUGGACUCAUUCCAAGUGUCACACGACGGACGGGUAUGACUCACACACAGAUCAGCAACACACCGGAAAGGUACCCUGCAUGGCUCUCUCUGGACUCUUCAGACCACCGCCCUGCUGUGUGAAGAAGACGACGAGACCACACUGCGCGUCUAUGAAACCGGUGAGUGGCCCGGCCGUUAAUUGGGGGGUCCUGCAUGUGUGCUGGUGUGUGUGCAGGUGUCAAGCCCAGCGAGGAGGACAGCGACGGUGAGGACAUCGACGAGGACCAGCCGGGGAGGGAGUCGGGACUCAUCGAUAUCGACGGCAGGAUCACUCUCGAGGUCGGCAGGGAGGGGAGGGAAGGGGAGGGAUGGGAUGGGUGCUGCCACCAUUGGAUGGAUGGAUGGAUGGAUGGGCGUGUGGUGUGCAGGUGACCCCAGCGGACGAGUGGGUGCAGAUGUUUGCCGAGACCUGGCGGCGGCUGGGGGAGUUCUUCUUCGACAAACACAUGGGCGGACUCAACUGGAACAGAAUCAAACACAAGUAGGCAUGGCAUGGCAUGCACAACGUCCUCACUCACACCGCCCUACCCAUCUCUCUCUCUCUCUCUCUGUGUGUGUGUGUGGGGGUGUGUGUGUGUGUAUGUGUGUGUGUAGGUAUUGGCCGCUGUUGGGUCGGCUCGGCUGUCGUCGAGAGCUGACUGACGUGAUAGAGGAGAUGAUAAGCGAGCUGGGUGUGGGGCACACGUGGACAUACGGCAGGGGAGACGAUACCGAACACAAACAGCUCCAGCACGACGACGACGCACAGGGGUUUCUCGGCGCUGACUUCGACUGGUCUGAGGAAGCGCAGGCAUACCGAAUCACACACAUGGUAUGGCUGUCUGUCUCACGGACAGGCGGAUGCUCAUUUCCUUCCUCUGCGCUGCGCUGCGCUGCGUGUGGUGAAUGGUAUGCUUUGCUGGCAGGUGUGUGGCGACGCGUGGGACGCCUGUGGGGGCGGUCCCCUGUCGGCAGUGGGUGUUGGUGAGGUCAAGGAGGGCGACUACGUCGUGGCCAUCGAUGGCCGCCGCCUGUCUCGACACAUCACCCCACAACACACACUCAGAGACAGAGCUGGCAAAGAGGUACACACGUACAACCGGACGGACACACGCCCACGCAUAUAUCAACGCCUGCCUCUUCUGCACUGCACGCGUCAGGUGUACGUGACCAUUGUGCCUUCCCGCGACCUCCCCGCCUAUCUGGCGUGGAAGAGCGCCGACACUCCUUCCUCUCCCUCUCCGCCCACAGCCCCACCCCCACCGGCCGCAGCUGACCGCCGGAAGGACAGGGAGAGGGCCAGCAGCAAGGAUAAGGACAAGGGCGGCGGCAAAGGCAGCAAGGGCGGUGGCACCACAGGGUUCCUGACCAAGCGGCGAGACAAGAAGCGGCAAGGCGGCGGGAAGGGGCACAAGCACAAGGGCGGAGGAGGAGAUGACGGUAGGGGAGGUGGUGGUGGUGGUGGUGGGAGCCGAAUUGAGAUGCAGAUGCUCCACCCGCCGUGGCGCACGUGAGUCACGGCUUUCUCUGACUAUCUACUCACUCUGUGUGCGGCACCUGGUGAGUCGAUGUGUUUGUUGUGUGUGUGUGUCGGUUUGUGUGUUGCAGAGUGCGCGUCAAGGCUGUGGGUGUGGAGUGCGACCGUGUGGGUCGGUGCAGGGACUGGGUGGAGAAGAACGGAAACACCGUGCACACACGAACCAAUGGACGAGUCGGUGAGCUGCCUGACCAGACAGACCAUGUUGGCGUCUAUGCCAUCCAUGGCCAUAUGUGACUCUAUACCUCUCUGUGUGCCGAUAUGUAGGUUACGUGCGGGUGCCCGACACAGAGAGGCUGGGGUUUGCCGAGUUCCACCGGUAGGCGGCAGACAGACAGACAUCAAUCACACACCACACCACACCACACACAACCUCCCCUUCCCUCCCUGUCUCAGCUACUAUCUGGUGGAGUGCCAGCGAGACGCCCUCAUCGUCGAUGGUACCCGCCCACCCCCCCCCACACACACACGAACACAAAAAGCACCGCCCAUCUGUCUGCUCCUGCUCUCCUCUGCUCUCUCUCUGCAAGCAGUUCGUGGCAACCUAGGUGGCUACUCGUCCGAGUUGAUGCUGGAGAAGCUGCAGCGGCGCCACCUGGGGUACAACGCCCCCCGUCAGGGGCGGGGCGUCCCCACAUCCUACCCCCGCCACUCGGUCGACGGCCCCAUGGUCAUGCUGGCAGACGAGAACGCCGGCAGCGACGCCGACGUCUGGUGCCACACAUUCAAACUACUCAAGCUCGGACCACUGGUGGGGUGGGAGCGACAGACACUGGGAGACGGACGAAUGGCACCGCGCCAUGCCAUGGAAAACACGCGUCAACUAACUGAACUGCAUGGUGUGUGUGAGUCAGGUUGGCAAGCGAACAUGGGGCAGUGUGGUGUCGGUCGGUCCGUGUGACGUUGACCUGGUUGACGGCGGCACCGUGGCGGUGCCGUAUGAGCACUACUUCACACACGACGUCGGCUUCGGCCUCGAAAACUGGGGGGUCGAUCCGGACGUCACCGUCGAAUACGCACCACAGCACUACGUAUGUCCGUGUUGUGGCUACAGGACAGGAUGGGAUGGACGCCUUGGUGAUGUGUAAGAGCACUUUUGUUGAUAUCUGUGUGUGGGUGUCUGUGUGAGGCAGCGGUCAGGCGUCGACCCGCAGCUUGACCGUGCUAUCGAGAUGGCCAUGAAGCUGCUAGACAAGGGGGACGAGGAGAGGCAGAACGUGAGAGCUCGGCUGCGAGAGUUCCCCCCCAACCCCCGGGCAGCCGUCAUGUUUCCCCCGGGGGACGGAGGUGACCCCCCGUCCACACAGCAAGACAAGGACGGACGACUGAUGUGACUGAAUGAUGGAUGGCGCUAGAAAUGACGUCUAAGCUAGGCUGGCUGUGCGUCUGUGGUUAUGUGUGCGUGUCCGUGUGCGUGUGGAUGGUGUGCGUUGGUUUCGUAGGGGAAGUGGAUGUGCG